AUGCUAAGAAGACUCAGCUCACCUGUUUUAUCAUCAAUAAUUCGUACCACAAAGCACAUUAUCUUUUCAGAAAGAACAUAUACUGCAGCAUUAUCGUCAUACAGAUCCCCACAUAUUAAUAAUACUAGAAUGUCAUCAAGUAUUGUUUCCCAAUUGAAAAAAUUGUCUAUUGAGGAACCAACUAAGGUUGCCGAAUCUCAUCCUGAUGUUAACGUCGUUGAUUUGAUGAGAAACUACAUCACCCAGGAAUUGGCCAAGAUUUCUGAUGUGCCAGCAGAACAAAUCUAUCCAGCUUUGGAAUGGACCAACACUUUAGAAAGAGGUGAUCUUUUGAUUCCAGUGCCAAGGUUGGUCAGAAAGAAGGGUAUCAACCCAAAGGAAAUUGCUGAAGAAUGGGCUACUAAGUUCCCAUGUGGUGAUUAUUUGGAAAAAGUUGAGGCUAACGGUCCAUUUGUGCAAUUCUUCUUCAAGCCAGAAUUCUUAUUCAAGAUUGUUCUACCAGAUAUCUUGACCAGAAAGGAAAAGUAUGGUUCCUCUCCACUCGGUGGUAACAAGAAGAUUCUUAUUGAAUUCUCUUCUCCAAACAUUGCCAAGCCAUUCCAUGCUGGUCAUUUGAGAUCCACCAUUAUCGGUGGUUUCUUGUCUAACUUGUACGAACAACUUGGUUGGGAUGUCACUAGAAUAAAUUACUUGGGUGAUUGGGGUAAACAAUUUGGUGUCUUGGCCGUUGGUUUCGAAAGAUAUGGUGAUGAAGAAGCCUUGAGAAACGAUCCAAUUAACCAUUUGUUCGAAGUGUACGUCCGUAUCAACAAGGAUAUCGAAAAUGAGGGUGACACCUUAUCAGAAGAAGAAUCCACUGAUGGUAAGGCCCGUAGUUAUUUCAAGAAGAUGGAAGAUGGUGAUCCAGAAGCUUUGAAGAUAUGGAAAAGAUUCCGUGAGUUAUCCAUUGAAAAAUACAUCAAAACCUAUGCUCGUUUGAACAUCAAGUACGAUGUGUACUCUGGUGAAUCUCAAGUUUCCAAAGAACAAAUGGACAAGGCAAUGAGGAUGUUUGAGGAUAAGAAUUUGACCCAUGAGGAUAGAGGUGCAACUUUGAUCGAUUUGACCAAAUUUAACAAAAAGUUGGGUAAGACCAUCGUCCAAAAAUCUGAUGGUACCACACUAUAUUUAACCCGUGACGUUGGUGCUGCUAUGGAUCGUUACGAGAAAUAUCACUUUGACCAGAUGAUCUACGUGAUUGCCUGUCAACAAGAUUUGCAUGUAGCUCAAUUCUUCGAAAUUCUAAAGCAAUUGGGUUUCGAAUGGGCCAACAGACUACAACACGUUAACUUCGGUAUGGUCCAAGGUAUGUCUACUAGAAAGGGUACCGUUGUAUUCUUAGACAACAUCUUGGAAGAAACCAAGGAAAAGAUGCAUGAAGUGAUGAGAAAGAACGAAACUAAGUAUGCUCAAAUUGAAAACCCAGACGAAGUCGCCGAUUUGGUUGGUAUCUCUGCUGUCAUGAUCCAAGAUAUGCAAGCCAAGCGUAUCAACAACUACGAAUUCAAAUGGGAAAGAAUGACCUCUUUCGAAGGUGACACUGGUCCAUACUUGCAAUACGCUCACUCCAGAUUGAGAUCGGUGGAAAGAAACGCUUCCGACAUUACCCCAGACCAAUGGGUCUCUGCAGACUUCUCUCUACUCCACGAACCAGCUGCCGUGAUCUUGGUCCGUUUAUUAGCACAAUACCCAGACGUAUUGAGAAACGCUAUCAAGACUCACGAACCAUCUACUGUCGUCACAUACUUGUUCAAGCUAACCCAUCAAGUGUCUUCCUGUUAUGACGUCUUAUGGGUCGCUGGUCAAACUCCAGAACUAGCUGCCGCCCGUUUAGCUCUAUACGGCGCUGCUAGACAAGUCCUAAAUAACGGUAUGCGUCUAUUGGGUCUAACCCCUGUUGAUAGAAUGUGA